UUCGUCACAUGCGUGUGUAGUGCGUUAGUGGUAGCGCUUAAACUGACAGGCAUGGAGAGAAGCGAGCAGCCGUGGAGCUCUUCCUACACGUACCAGGUGAGCGAACACAGCGCCGAGAUGCUACACAACCUGAACAGCCAGAGAAAAGAUGGAGGCAGGUUCUGCGACGUGAUCCUGCGGGUCGGAGAGGAGAGCUUCCCGGCGCACAAGGCGGUGCUGGCGGCGUGCAGCGAGUACUUCGAGUCGGUGUUCAGCUGCCAGGCGGAGGAGGGCGACGGCGAGAGCAAGGAGCUCGAGAUGCACACGAUCAGCCCCAAAGUUUUCCGAGAUAUCCUGGACUUUGCCUACACGUCCAAGAUCGUCGUGCGACUCGAGAGCUUCCCGGAGCUCAUGACGGCGGCCAAGUUCUUGCUUAUGCGCUCGGUGAUCGAGAUCUGCCAGGAGGUCAUCAAGCAGUCCAACGUGCAGAUUCUGAUUCCUUCGGCCCGCGGCGGGGACAUCAGCUUCCUGUCAAACGCCGUGCACACUGACGUGCCAAACGGAGCCGUGUUUACUAACAGAUCCAGCUCUGACACUGACAGCACGAACAAUCCAACAACUUCUGAGAACACCCCCCACCCGAUCUCGCUCCCUUCAUCUCCACCAGCUUUUACAACAACCGCGCUAAACGGCGAGGCCUCCACCGUUCCAAAGCGUGCCAGGGGCCGGCCUAAGAAGGACGAAACGCACGGAAUGAGCUCCUACAGCAACCACGAAAACCAGUUUCCGUGCGGAAUCUGUGGCAAAGUGAUGAACGACCCGGUGCAACUCAGAAACCACGAAGCCCAGCACAGAUCGUCCCAAAUCGUUGCAGAUUUACCCAGGGAUAUGUCAGUUCCAGCUCCUCAGGGUCAGCAGAACGGUGUGCCGACCGACGGCGUGCGCAAACGGGAAAGGACAAGGCGACACGUGGGCUGCGAUCUGUGUGGGAAAGUUUUCAGAGAUGUUUACCAUCUGAACCGACACAAGCUGUCUCAUUCUGGGGAGAAACCUUACGCAUGCCCGGUAUGCGGCCUGCGCUUUAAGCGCAAAGACAGAAUGUCUUAUCAUGUGCGCUCACACGAUGGAGCAGUGGGUAAACCAUACGUGUGCCAGAGCUGUGGAAAGGGCUUCUCAAGGCCGGACCACCUAAACGGACACAUUAAGCAGGUGCACACCGCAGAGAGACCUCAUAAAUGCCAGAUUUGUAAUGCAUCAUUUGCGACACGAGACCGUCUGAGAUCACACCUGGCUUGCCACGAGGAUAAAAUCCCAUGCCAAGUAUGUGGCAAGUUCUUACGAGCUGCCUACAUGACAGACCACCUGAAAAAACACAGUGAGGGACCUCACAACUACUGCAUCAUAUGCAAUAAAGGUUUUUCCACUGCGUCCUACCUAAAGGUACAUGUAAAAACGCACCACGGCUCGUCCAUGCUCCCUUCUGCAGCUCACCAGUUCCUUGAGCCGCGUGCCAACGGGUCACAGAUGCACAACGGCGCCCCGUUCCGCUCAGGACGCCAGUGCGCAGUGGAAGAUUUUUGUGCCAGUCGCCGGCUCCUGAUGCCUUUUCCUGAGACAGAGGGGUGUUUCCGGGGGUUUUCAGGGGCUGCGAUUCUUGCUCAACCAGGCCCUCCUGCCCUUAGCGUGCAGCCUGAGCUGUGGGAGCGCCGCUGUGGUGGAGCACCAGGCCUCCCGCUGCUUGCACCUCUCGGAGACGGACAAGAGAACACCGGCAAAUGCCCCCACCAGGAUUCUGACGGCUCAGACACCGCCUUCGGGGAUCUCUCUAACGGAUUAGAGCUCAAGUCGCCGCAUAAAGGUGAGGCAGACGAAACGGAAGUACCGUCAGCCAUCUUUAACGGUGAGAGCGAUGGCAUGAUGGAUGGUCCAGGUGGCUCCAAACAAAAAACAGACCCAGAAAAGAAGUUCGCUUGUGGAGAAUGUGGCCAGACUUUCCGCACCAAGUCCUACCUCAACAAGCACCAUCAUCGCAUGCAUAAGAAACACAGCGGCUCAGUAUCCAGCCUCGGAGAUCUCGGUUCCCCCUUUUCGCCCCAGCAGAGCAUGUCACUUCUCGAGUCGUUCGGAUUUCAGAUCGUACAGUCAGCUUUCGCCUCGUCUCUAGUGAGCUCGGAGGUUGGGAGCAAUGCUGUGGGAUUAGGGGACAAGUGAUUCCUCAGAGGGGCAGAGACCAUGUGCUUUUACUGGACGACCACAGGUUUGGAAGAAACUGCAGUGCUACCAUUUAUAAUCAAUGCCAUUGUAAACUACUUUCUCGUUUGUGUUUCUCACCAUCAGCUUUUCACUUCAUUUAAUGGUUUCACAUGUAGGUUUGACUGCAUGUGUUCAUUUCUGGUUUUUUUUUGUUGUAAAGCAGAUAAUCAGAUUUUUCAUUUCAGUGGUUUUUUUUUGGUAUGUCAUAGCCAAGUACAAGAGAAAGUCAGACCACAGCACUUGAAGUCAGUAAGUCUACACAUUUAAAUAAAAAUGUCUGUCAGUGCAAAGCUUAUAACAAGAUAACCUAUUGGCUGAUGAGAAUUUAUGUUCAUAAAACUAAUAAUAAAAAUAUCCAGGUAUUUUGCAGGGACAGACUGUAAUGGAAAUGUUCUUGUUUUUUUGUUUUUGUAUUUUUUUUAAAGCCAGUAACAAAUGCUGGUAAAAACCAGUGCAGGAUUCUGUUCACAGCCUUUCCUGAACUCAGCCGUUUCCCACAGUAAGAGUAUGCACAGUAAUUUAUAGUACAAAAAAUAGAGUUCAGGCAUCAGUAAACAAAGCUUAAAAUAAUUUUUUUAUAGACCCUACCGUCUUCGUCAAUGAGGUUAUUUCAGAGGUAUGUUUUGAUGCACUGAUGCUCUAUUCGUUUUCUCUCUCAUGGAUGACAGCACUACCCUGGUUGUACACACAAUCACUUAUCAGUUAACCCCAGGAUGUAUUUUAUCGAGGAUUGUGAACCAGGUUUUCUCAAUAAACAUCCAUGCCUGCCUUUGCAGUUGCUCCUUUCCACUGAAUUGGCACAAAUCAUGUCUAGCAGACAUGCUUCAGAAUAUUGUAGACUGCCUGGUUCGUCUCAGAAGUCCUCUUAUGUACUUAUAAUAUGUAAUAAUGCAGUUGGUGGUGGACUAUUUUGUACAACAUCAUGUUGAAUAGAAUUUGCUUUUAGAAAGUCUUGAAUUGGCCUCAUAAUAAGCCUUCAUUCUCACAUACAGGGGCUUGAUUCUCAGAUUCGGAGGAUUAGAAUCGGCUUAUUUUGGCUCUAAACACACACAUAACAGUCAGCAGAUUAACCUUUAAAUUAAAAAUAACAAAUGUUACGUUGCAUGUUGCAUUUGACAACUGCUGCAUACAUGUACUGGAUAUACAUUAUAGCUCAAUGACUCAUUGUGCUGAAUAGCUACUUACUUAACCUUGAAUUUGCAUUUGGCAAAGAUAAAUUUUAUUUUUCAAGAUUUAUGUUAUCUAAGGUAUCACGUCUGGCUCAGCAAAAUGAAUCCUUGGGUGUCUUAGCUUGGUGUAUAAUUAUUUUGGAUGUAUUAAAUAAAUAAAAUUCCUGAUCAAUUUAGGCAUCAGUAUUCAGAAUUUAAAAUUGACAUUCAGUGACUUCAUGAAUAUCUGGCUUUUUGGUUUAACUGUUGGCUCAUUUUCACUUAAGUUAAGUGUCCUGCAUUAAUCACAGUGACCUUCUGCUACAGUUGCAAAUGGUUUAUAGGGUUUGAUUGGAAAAUUGAAGGUUCCAAUCUCACCAAUGCCAAGAUGCCACAGUACAUCCUUAAACAAGUCCUCUGAACACCCUUUGAUUGAAUUGUAUCCCGACUGUUGAUUAAGAUUAAGAAAAAAACCCUUUCUUUUUUAACACCAUUGUAAGUGAAGCAGCAGUGCCACACAACUUCUUUCAAUACCAAAUCCAGCAUCAUUAAACAUUACUACAUUCAGUAUAUCACACAUUUCAUUUUAAAUAAACAUAGUCUGUUCUAAGGGUUUGUUUUUCUUUUCCUGUUUUCAAUCAAGGAUGUUUGCAGGUUGGAUUGUUUUAAAUUUCACAAAGUGCAUGUGGAAUUUAAAUAUCGACCAGGGACCAAUUUCAGGUAUGACAUGAGAUAUCGCAAGAGAUAAAAUUAUAUUUUAUUAACUUAUUGAUAAAUUUAAUGUCCCUGUCUUAUGAAGUGGAAAAUAAAAUCGUUGGUAAAAUUUAGUUCAGUGCUGUGAUCUUGUUUUUGAUUAUUUGGCUGACCACAGGACAGCAGGAGCGCUUCAGCGUGGUGAUUGAUACGUGUGGGUGCUAUGGUAUCUUUAUAUUUAGAAUGUAAUAUAAUCAGAGGGCUUUUUACAGCUUUUUUAAUAUAUUAGUUUUUUUAAUCAGGUUCAGAACAUUCCUGCUUAACUUAAGAAUUCAUAUGUGUAUAAUUUUGUGUAAAGAUUGUGUAUAUAAAAGAUACAGUAUAUAAGGCCAAUAUUGGUGUGUUUGCUUACGUUAUGAGAUGGGUCUUUGUAUAUAGUGUUUUGGCCAUUUUGAAUGAAUGAAAAUUUUCUACUGGUACUGGAAAAUCCACAACCAUGUUUCUUAGUUCAAUUUUUUGUUACUGUGUAAUUCGUGUGUGAGUGAGUUAUUUGUAGGGAAAGUAUGUCUGCACUGUUUCAGACAUAUGGUCUUCACUUUUUUUAUUUAGACAAACAGUAUAAAAUACACUGAGCAUCUAAAGCUAGCAAGGUUCACCCUAUUGCAGCAUUUAAGAGGACAGGAGUGGAUACGUCUUUACAAGGUUUGCUUUAUAAUUUAGGAAUCAAAUCUGUAUAUUUUCUAUUUUAUUACUGUUUUUGUGACUUGGUGUAACUUUUUUUUUUUUUUUUUUUGCAUUAGCCCACAUUAGUGUUUCUUUUUCAACAUUAGCUUUUAAUAUUUAAAGGUUAACAGUCAUUCAUUUGUUUUGGAUAUACACUAUAUUGCCAAAAGUAUUCGCUUGUCUGCAUUCACAUGUAUUUGAACUUGAGUGACGUACCAUUCUUAAUCCAGAAGCGUAUUUGUGAGGUCAGACACUGAUGUUGGACGAGAAGGCCUGGCGCACAGUCUCUGCUCUAAUUCAUCCCAAAGGUGUUCUAUCGGGUUGAGGUCAGGACUCUGUGCAGACCAGUCGAGUUCUUCCACACCAAACUCGCUCAUCCAUGUUUUUAUCGACCUUGCUUUGUGCACUGGUGCGAAGUCAUGUUGGAACAGGAAGGCCACAUGAAGUUUGGAGGUCUGUAGUGAUUGACUCUGCAGAAAGUUGACAACCUCUGGGCAUUGUGCCUCAGCAUCCGCUGACCCCGCUCUGUCAUUUUACAUGGCCUACCACUUUGUGGCUAAGUUGCUGUCAUUCUCAAUCACUUCCACUUUGUUAAAAUACCACUGACGGUUGAUUGUGGAAUAUUUAGUAGCAAGGAAAUUUCAUGACUGGACUUGUUGCACAGGUGGCAUCCUAUCACGGUACUAUGCUGGAAUUCACUGAGCUCCUGAGAGCGACCCAUUCUUUCACAAAUGUUUGUAGAAGUAGUCUGAAGGCCUAGGUGCUUGGUUUUAUACAUCUGUGGCCAUGGAAGUGAUUGGAACACCUGAAUUCAAUGAUUUGGAUGGGUGAGGGAAUACUUUUGGCAAUAUAGUGUAUGUAUUUAAAAUAAUUCCUGAUUAAUGCAACUGUGAAGAAAAGUAUGCAAUUAUAUAGGUUAUAGGUUGUGCUUUAUGACUGCAUUAAAGGCAGUACUUCUGGCAGACCCAUCAGAUCUUUCAAUUAAGAAAAUCAAUCGUUAAUUACUCAAACACGCUGCUCAAAGUAAUUGUGUGUAUGUGUGUGUAUAUAUACAGGGGUUGGACAAUGAAACUGAAACACCUGGUUUUAGACCACAAUAAUUUAUUAGUAUGGUGUAGGGCCUCCUUUUGCGGCCAAUACAGCGUCAAUUCGUCUUGGAAAUGACAUAUACAAGUCCUGCACAGUGGUCAGAGGGAUUUUAAGCCAUUCUUCUUGCAGGAUAGUGGCCAGGUCACUACGUGAUGCUGG